AUGUACGGCGAACUAGGAAACAAACUGGUAUUUUUUUUUCUUUUCCCUCCCAUUUUGGAACGAAAACAAGGCAAUGCACCCCAAAAAUAUGUACUGAGAAGAGCGAAACAGGUCCAACACGCCAAACGCACUCAAUCCCUAGCCUACCUACCGCCCUACCAAACCGAAAUUGUGCGUUCCGUAGCUCGCGAAGUCCGCGACCUCGACAAGGAUGUCGCGCAUCAUCUGGCGCCGUUUGAGAGCAACACAUCAUCGUCAUUCAAUCCCUCCGCGCAACCGGCAAUUGCGUGCGCGCUAUUAGUGGAUCAUUUGUGCAUGCGGCGAAAUAAACGAUGUCUCCUGGCAUAUCAUCGUGUGCGCGCGGAGAAGUUGGAGGAGAUGUGUUGGAAGGGUAUUGAUGUCUUGGAGCAGCAGCAGGCCGUCGCUGCUGCCAAUAAUAGCGAGGCUGCUGGUGGUAUAGGAGGGGCCGCAAAUGGAGACGAGCACAAUAAUUCGAAUACUCCCACAACGAACACCACAGCGCCGACGUCCGGUCAGAACUCCUUGAGCCCUGAAGAAGAAGAAUAUUUUCGCCUGUAUAGCGAAAUGCUGGCGGCGUAUAAGGGUCAAUGGACGGAUAUUGAUUUAACGGGCAGUUUGGAGCCGCCCAAGGACUUGUUUAUUGAUGUGCGAGUGUUGAAGGAUGCGGGUGAGAUACAAACUGAAUACGGGGCUAUCAACCUCACGAAGAACAGCCAGUUCUACGUCCGACAGGGAGACGUCGAACGAUUGAUUGCACAGGGAUAUUUGCAGCGGUUGAGCUGA